AUGGACGGAUUGUUGAUCAAUACAGAGCCUCUUUAUAUAAUAAGGGAUGAAAUUAUAUUUAAACAGUAUCAAGUUGAUUACAACAUUGAUUAUCAUUUAAGGCAGAUAGAAUUAAGAUUCGAAGAAUCUUUCAAAUUAUUGGCUAAUAUUCUAAACUCAACAGGCAUGACCGUUAGUUCAGAUGAGAUCAAACUUUUACGAGAAAAAUAUCAACCUGAUUUUACAGACAUUGCUUUGAUGCCAGGUGCUAAAGAACUGUUUGAUGAAAAAAUUAAUAAUAAUAAAGAUCAGAAUAUUGUUAAUUUGAUUAAAAAUUUUUCACUAAUCAUUUGUGGAGACGACAAUUGUGUAAAGGAAUUUGGUAAAUAUGAUGUGUUGAUAGAGAAGGCAAACCUUGAUCUGAAAGAUUGUGUUGUUUUAGAGGAUUUUCUUCAAGGAGCCAAAUUGGCGCUUAAAUCAAAUUUAUUG